AUGGAGAGUUCAGAAGACGAUGCGGGUGCCGCGGCGUACGCUUCCCGCCGUGCAUCGGCGCGGGAAAAGGACAUUGGACAGAUUGAGGACGUCAAUGCAACUAGUAGUUUUCAACAGGAUUCUUCGAAUCCCAGAACAUCUUGUGAAACCCCCGCAAUGUCGGAGGAAAACUUUGACGGCGACAGCGUCCCAUCUCCGUCAACACAAGAUGUCAACACAAGCACGGAAGCGAUCUUGGAUAUGAUUGACGAGAUCGUUGACGGCCCAGGAGCCCCCAAACGUCUACCCCUAGCCUCUGAAAAGGAUACUGACCAUCGAUUUGCUGGUGGCGGUGAACCUAAUAUCGUUGUUGACGAAAGUAAAGAAGACGAAAAAUCGCUUCAGUCAUUCAACACACUCUCUACCACAAGUGCCAAAAUAGAAGAUGUGCAAAAUUGCGAGUUAAGUGUAGCCAGUGAACAGAUAUCACAGAACGAUGUUUUGGUAGAUGUGAAAGUGGUGUGUAAUAAAGUACCCGAAACACGUUCAUCUGCACUUGAAAUAAAUGACCUGACAGUAUCAGGAGAUACUAAAAGCGAUUUAGCAUCAAGUUGUGAGGAACCAAAUAGUAGUUCUGUUCAAAAUAUACCUUUAAACAGUGUUACACAGACAGUUCAAAAUCAAAUUGACACAGACACAGAUAGUGCACCAUGUGAAAGAACAGUGAAAAGUGUGACAUCUAGUGACAUCCGGGACAAUGUUAUUGUUGAAAGUGCGGAAUCAACAUCAAGUGAUAAUAGUAUUAGUGAGGGGAAGUCUCCCUUAGUGGAAUCAGCUACAAGAUCACCUUUGCGGCGUCGACUUGUACGCCCAGCAACUAUUCGGCCAGACUCAACUGUCUCAUCUACAGUUGAUUCCACUCUAACCAUUGAUACUACAGAACAGGCAAGUGAAUGUGUCGUAAAAGAUGUGUCAAGUUCAUCAGACACUGUGUCAUCGGCAUGUGGGAAUGUUAAACAAGAAUCAAUUAGAAAUGAAAGUGACAGUAAUCUCUGUAAACCAGAAACAUCAUCACCUGCUAAGAAAAUUAAACUUAUAAGACCUAAAAUAAUCCCACAAACAUUUAUAGUCCAAAAAGAAACUAAGGUUGAAACUGCACUUGUACAGAGAGAUACAGAACAAUGUCAACCAACAUCUUCAGAAUUAGUGACUAUUACUGUAGAGCUGUCAUCAGAAUCAGUAGAAUGUAUAAAUAUAUCUAAGACAGAUUCUGAAAUAAACUCCUCAGAAAACACUCCUGUUGCUUCAUCUUCAAAAAUUAAUGAAACUGAGACGCAGACUGUACCGACAUUACCAAAAAAGGAAGAAUCACUGACCCCUACAACCAGUUCAGAUAUUAUUUUACCUGAGGAAGAAGUUGUGCAGAAGCCACCACAUUUAGUAAUUAAUCUUAUUCCCUCAAAUAUAAAUGAAUCUGUUCAAAAAACUCAGGAGAGUGAAACUAACUGUGAUGAUAAUUCAGAAAAUUCUGAAAAACAAGUACCUAAAUUGAUGAUCAAAUUAGGUAAGCAUUCUGAGGAGAUUAAGCCACCAGUACCAAAAUUGACAAUAAAACCAAUUAGACAUCCAUCAGACAUAGAUUGUAGUACUUCUGAGAAAUUAAAUGAUGAUGCUUUAAAUAUACCUAAAUUAAAUAUUAAACCUGUUACAAAGAAACCAGAAAAAAUAUAUGAAAUUCAUAGGAAAUCAAGUAGUAGUGAAAUUUCAGAAUCAGAAUAUUCAGAAAAUGAUGAAAGUGCCAGUACUUCUGAUCAGGCAUCAACAUCGGACCAUGGAUCAACAGAUGUUAUCCCAAAGGUGACAAUUAGGCUUGGGAAACCUGGUACCGAAUCUGAGGGUCAGUUUUACACAGAACGAAAUAUUCCUAAAAUUAGUGCGAAAACUAUACAAAAUAAUGAUUAUGAACACGAGCAACUGUCUCCUACAAAAAUGAAGAUAUUUCUUAGCCAAAAUCAAGAUAAACAAAGUGAAAAAAUUCCCAAGUUAACAAUAAAAACUGUUGUAAAAUGUGAAAGUCAACCGCUGAGUCCGAGACUCACUAUAAAGCCUUUGAAACCUCCCGAUGAUGCUGGCAAGGAAAGCCCUUCUGAACAAGGUCAAGGUCAUGAAAUAUCUAAGCUUAAAAAAUCCUCAGAAACAAAUGUAACAAGUUCAGACAGUAAAGAUUUAACUCAUGUACCGAAAAUAAUCAUUAAGCCAGUCACAAAUCCUGAAAUGGAAACCAUUGGCAAAAGUAAAAAGCCAAAUGAAAAUUUUGAGCUAAUACCCGUUGUGACAAAAUUAAAUAUUAAGCCGGUAAUUAAGCCUUCAGAUAGCAUUGAAUCUUCAGAAACCUUGGAUAAAGAUAAAGUUCCUGUAGUUUCAAAAUUAAAUAUUAAACCCAUUGUAAAGCCUAAGGAUAGUGAUUUAGAUUCUAGUAAAGAAGUACCUAAGAUUAUGAAAUUGAAUAUUAAACUCUUAAAAAAUGCUGAUACAAAUUCUUCAGAAGAAAAAGACUGUGAUGAUAAAGCUGAUUUAGAUGAAAAUAGUAUACCUGUUAUAACUAAACUUAAUAUUAAGCCUAUUGUUAAGCCUCUAGAUGAAGAUAAAUUAAAAGAUAAUGACAAUCAAUCCUCGGAAACAGGAAACUCUAGUGAUGACAACAAUGAUCACAUACCUAUUGUUACUAAAAUUAAUAUUAAACCCAUUUGUAAACCGAAUGACAUGGAGGAAUCUGGACCAAGUUUAAAGAAAGAAGAUAAUAUCCCAGUUGUAACAAAAUUAAAUAUUAAACCCUUAAUUAAGCCAGAUGAUACAUUAUCUCCUUUAUCUCCAAAAAAGGAACUUCUAAAAAGUGCCCCGUGUUCUCCAAAAAGGUCACCAACUAUAAAACUGAACAUAAAACCUAUUGUAAAACCAGAAGAACCGAAACAAAGUGGUGAUACUGAAAAUGAUGAAACAAUAGGCAAAAAUCCACCAAUACUUAUGAAAAUAAAUAGAAAAACAGGGGAUACAUACAUAAAUGAUGACCAAUACAGUGUUGGUGAAGUUGAAGAUCACAAAAUAAGCAACAGUAUUCAUGACAAUUGUCCUGUUAUAUCAAAAGUAAACAUUAAACCGAUAAAUAAAUCAGCUGAUGAUAUUUACACUAAAGUAACAGAUUGCAAUGAAGGCAGGUCAAGUAUAAAUGAUAGAAAUGCAAUGGCUUCCAAUGAAGUCAAGUUAGAUCAAACUUUACAAAGAGUCGAUCUAACUCAAAAUUGUAUUACGCAAUUUUCGACAAAUGAGCGAAAAUUAGCACCUAAAGAAGAUUCAUCAGUAUCAGCUAUUAAAGAAAUGAUAGCAGAUUCAUUAAAGAAGCAAAAUCUACAAGAAAUGAACAUGAAUUCGUCCUUUGCACAUUCAUCUUUAGACCCCAAAGAGGGUCCAGUGAAGAAAACAGAUAAAGAUGUAUACAGUAUGGCUGAUUCGAAAGUUGAUGCUUAUUCUGAACUUUUAGUUAAAAUACCUAGUGACAUGACCAAAAAUAUGCCGAGACAAAAUUGUACACUUUUGAAAAAAUUACUAGAAACACGUAAGGAUAAGUUAUUGGAUGAUGAUAGUAACAAGAAACAAAUGAAUAAAAGUUCGCCUACUAUGUCACAUGAUAUGCAAAAAUCACCUUCAAAACAUGUAAAUAUUACAAAUGAUUUUCAUAAAGAAAAAGGCUAUUCAGAAAUUAAAUGUAAUAUAUCUGAGAGGAUUUCAGAUGAAUAUAGUAAAGCUAAUGACGUAGGUUGCAGUAUACCUCCAUUGAGAGUUAGAUUGAUGCAAGAAUUAUGUAUAGAAACUAAUGAAAAUUUAUCAAAAUCAUUACAAAUAGAUAUUUCCGAUAAAGUAACAAGUCACAGUCCCGAUCAAGAUUCUCCUAGGAUAAUAUUAAAAAUAAAUAAAACUGAUCAAGGAACGUCUGCUGAAAUCAUAACUGAAGAUAUUAAAAAAUCGGAACAACAACAAUGUUCACCUGAUAAUACUCAAAUAAUGACUAACGAUCUGUAUCAAAAGAAGAAACUAGCAAACUGUAGGAGGAAAACUCAUAUAGACACGCCCAUGCCCAUGGGUAAGAGAUUGAGAAGUUCCAGAGUCCUCCAGACGUCAGAAAAGACAUCCACACCUAAGAAAAAUAUGGGCAAAAGGCCUUCUGGAAUUGAAAUAAGCCCUCCACAGAUUAAAGAACAAGAAAUUUCCGUAUUAGAUUCAAAGAGAUUAAAACUUGGGCAGCUUCUAUCUAAUAAGUCAUUAACAAUUACACCAAUAGUUUCAAAAGCUUGUUCAGUGUCACCAACUAAAACAUCUGAAAGCAAACAAGUUGCAAAAAAUCAUUCCUUACUAAAUAACGAAAACUGUGCUAAAAAUGGUAGUUCUAAGCUGCACAACAUUUUAUCAAACUUGCAAGCAAAGCAAUUACAAGGAAUGCCUUUUAGUGAUAUAAAUCAUGCUGAAAACAAUCAAAAUUCAAGUCCGGAUAUGAAAUCUAGUACGUCCACAGGCAGCCUUGAGUUGAUAUCUGAUAAUUCAGCAAUGGAGAAAACUAGACCCGAGGUUCACGAAAUGCUGUUCCACGACAAUUCAGAAUCUCACGAUUUCAGUAUUGGGCCCGAGGAAGUUGCUCGUGAUCCAUUAGAAGUGGACUCUUUGAAAAUAGCUUCUGACAUAUUUUUACAUGAAAACAUUCCUAAAACAGUAGAAAUGACGCCACAGCCUAAAAAACGUGGCCGUCCCCGUAAAAUUCCAGUGUCGGAAGGCACUCGGGUUGUAACUCUGCCAGCUACAGCCUUGGAGGAGCGACCUCAACGAUCGCUCCGGUUAUCCAGGGAUCGUCCAGUGAUUAUUGUUAAACCAAGAGGUAGAGGUCGUGGUCGUGGACGUAGACUGGACACCGAUUCGGAUCAAUCAGGCAUCGAACCCGUAGUGGAAGCAGCUAACAAAUAUUUCAUCGAACAGAAACCUGAAGAUAUAGAUCCUACCAGUUCUCGUAUUAAGCUGCCUCGGAUGACUGAAGCUUUAGAUAAGAUGCCAUGUUCUACACCGCUCUCAAGCCGUAGGCGAACUUCAUCUUCUGAAUCGUACACGGGUUUGGAUACGACGCUUCCAAAAAUGGAGGAUCCGUUUUUGAAGUCGCCUGAGUUAGUUGAAAUGAGAGGACGCGGUUCUAGAGGGCGAGGCAGUAGAGGAGGCCGGGGACGAGUGGCGCGCUCCCCGCGAGGAAGAGGACGUGGGCGCGGGGGAGGCAGGGGAGCUAUGUAUAUGAAGGAAACUAUGGGAAUAUAUGGCAGAGUAUGUGGCCCAGCCACAACAACGGUUCAGUUGUUUGAAGAGGAAACUUGUAUGAUGGAUGACAAUGCAACCCCAGCCAAGCCCUCGCAUUUAUUGGAUGAAGAUUCUCAGAGUUCAGUUAAAAGUUUGACAAAUGACAGUAGCAGAAUGAGAAAAUCCAAAUUUGCAGAUCUGUUUGACAGUAACAAAGUGUGGACGGCCGCUGAUGUAAAGGAAUACAUGUGGCCACCUCCUGAGACAACAGAUGGCGAACAUCAGGUGAUGAUGAUCCAAGAGCAAGUAGCAAUGUUCUUGGGGGUAAAAAGCUUUAAAAGAAGAUAUCCCGAACUGAAGAGACGGACGAUUGUUGGAGAGGAAAGAGAUUAUGUACUCAGCAAGGGUUUGGUCACAGAAGCCCUUUGUGAUCUCGGUAUAACAGCAGUGGAUGCAAGCGAAGUCCUCGACAUAAUGCUGUCUGACUAUCCUCAUAAGUAUGAGGAGUUCCGAAGUCAUCAGAGGGAGAAGCAGUUGGCUGAACCAGCGGAUGAAGUGGAUGAUAAGACUGAACUGAAUCAGAAGGUUGAGAUUAAAGAAACCAAACUCGACAGUAAACCUGAACCACCUAAGAUUGACCCGGAGAAGACUAGACAGGACAUGGCAGCGGCUGCCAUAGCUUCAGCCAGUGAGUUCAACGCCCGUAUGAACAUGCUCCGCCGCCCGGCGUGCGCUGACUUGCAGUCACUGAGCGUGUGUCGCCGGCGGCCCGCGCCCCCACCCCCCGUACUGCGAGUGGCGCCACCGGGAGGCUUCUACCCUCACGCGCUAUUACCGGGACAGUAUCAACAUACUUAUAGGGUCUACACGCCCGAGGAGCUGAGAUAUUUCCCCCUCAACACGGCCCUGGCUGCGCCCCCCGCUCCUUGCAGCGACUCCAGUUCAGACUCGGAGGCCGAUUGGGCCGAUCGAUGUUCGUCAUCGGAACAAUCGGACGUAGCGCCCGCCAGCGCUAAGCGGAAAAAGCUUACAAAAACGAAACGCGUUAGUCAAACAGAGACGGUUGUCCCUAAAGAAGAGGAAGUGGACACGUGUCGAGCUUGUAAGAUGAGGAUUGAAGCAAACCGCAAGUACACGCACGAACGAUUCCUUGUGUGCUCCAACUGUAACGCGAAACUUCACCCGUCGUGCGUGGAGCUGGGUCCGGACACCAUUCGUAAGUGUCGCGAGUACGCGUGGCAGUGCGCCGAGUGUAAGACGUGCUGCGCUUGUUCGAGGCCCGCUGAUGAUGAUAAGAUGCUGUUCUGUGACCUGUGCGACCGAGGGUUCCACAUCUACUGUGUGGGACUACACACCGUGCCCAAUGGUCGCUGGCACUGCGUGGAGUGUUCCGUGUGUAAGUCGUGCGGGUCGCGGUCGGCGGGCGGGCCGGGCGGCGGGCCGGGCGACUGGCACCACCAGACGCGCCGCGGGCCCGGCGGACACAAGCUAUACUCACACUCGCUGUGCACGCCCUGCGCCAGGGCGUAUCGCAUCGGUCGCUACUGCCCGCUCUGCGAUCGCUCCUUCAUCGGGCCAAAGGGGACAAUGCAGCUCGUCAUUUGUAAGCUCUGCGAUAGGCAACUGCAUCAAGAUUGCGUUAAGCAGACCACGUCUCGGCUGAAAGUAUUGGACUACACGUGCGGCGAGUGUCGUCGGGGCGGCAUUACGUCGCGCGCGGCCGCCGUCCGCCUGGCGCCGCGAACUAUCGCUACAUUGUUCAUGGCGAAGCGUCGCUUCAACAAGUACGCACAUCGCCAGUACCUCGAGAGCCGGGCGCGCAACCCCCACUCCAACCCCCACGAUCCAGGGGUCGACAACCCCGACGACCCCCUCGACGUGUCCGACCCACUUGUAUAG